AUGGAUGAACUAGACAAGUUUUUAACUUAUGAAUAUAUUAGAGAAUAUCUAUUCAAAAAUAGCAGAUAUGAUAUAGCAUUAGGAGAGUAUCAUAAAGUUUUAAAAUGUAGAGAAGGGAAAGAGGGACAUAAUAAAAAGUAUAGUUCUUUUGAUUUGAAUGUUUUAACAUUAUAUGAUGAAUUAAUUGAUGUAUUUAGAUAUAAUAAUUAUUUUAUAAAAAAAUGUGAAUUUACAUUUUUAAAAAUAAGUAGAAAUACAUAUCAAGGGCGUUCUCAUAUAUCUUUUGGGAGAAAUGGAUCAGAAACAAAAACAAUAAAUAAUCCCUUACGAAAUAAAAAUGAUGAGUCCAAAAAAAAGGAAAUAAAUUAUAAUUGUAUAGUAGAUGGUAAUAAAGUUUCAAAUAUUAAGGAUGUAUUGAAAGACACUUUUGAUGCUUUGAUAUUUUAUAUGAUAGAUAAAUAUAAUAUAAAAUUAAGAAUGAGUCAUUCAUAUAAAAUUCAAGAAAUAUCUAACUAUUCAAUAACUAAUGAAGAAGUUUUUAAAUUUUUGAAAAAUGAUAAUUAUUAUAGAAUAGAUUUAAAUAAGUUACAAUAUGAUAUUAAUGAUUAUUCACAUUUAUUUUAUAAAAAUAUUACACAAUUUAUAGAUUUUUUCAAAUACAUGAAAGACAUACAUUCUUGUGCAUAUCUGAUCUCCUUAUUAAUAAGAAUAAUUGCUGAUAAAAAUAAAAUUCAAAAAUAUAGUUCUCAAUUAUUUUUUUGUAAAAGGAAUGAUGAAUGUAUAUCUAACCUUUAUAUAAAUUAUGUUAAACAAAAUCAAGACAAUUUUCAAAAAAUAUUUUUUAAUAGUAAACUAGUAAACAUACAUAAUAUUAUUGCAUCUAAAAUUUCGUUAAUAGAAGAAGUUAAAAAAAAAAUAAUACAUCGAAAAGAUUUAAUAUAUCCCGAUGAACUUGUGAUAUGUUCUUUUGUUAAAUCUUUUUACAAUUUCAAACCUAUGAAACCCGAAAAUGAAAAUCCCAAAAAAGACUUACUCUUUCAAAGAAGUAAACUAUUAUCUAAUAAUCCAACUACUAAUAAUGUAUUAUCAACAUCCUAUCAUCAAGAUAUUCAAAAUAAAAAAACAAAAAAAGUGCUAUUAAAUGAAAUAAAAUCCAAAGGUGAUUCAAUAAUAGUAAAGGAUAGUCAUAACACAUUUAAUGAAUCUGAUAAACAAAUUAUAAAAAUAAAUUUAGAAAAUGAAAUAAUUGAUAAUGAUAAUUUAGAAAGUACUGUUGCUAGUUCGGUUAAUAAUAUAAACCCUAUUACAGAUGUAAAUAAUACUGAAUAUACAUCAAAUGAAUCAAAAAAAAUAAGACAAAAAAAUGAUUCUACUAUUAUAGAUUCUCUCGAAAUUGAAAAUGUAGAAAAAAAUACUAACAACAGUUCUACUACAAAUAAAUCAAAAAAUAGAAGUAAUAGUGAGUCCUUUAAAGAAAAUAUUGAAGAUGAUAAAAAAAGUGAAUCAACAACAAAAAGUGAUAAAAACAAAUUAUCAUGUUAUGAAAUUUUAAAAAAAAGAAGUAUUACUCGAUGUUCUACUAGAUUAUCUACUAAAAAUAUGGCUAAAGAUGAUAUCAAAGAUUUGUCAAAUGCACAAAACAAAAACAGUAACCAUUCUAACAAUAACAACACUAACAAUAACCGUCCUAAAAAUAAUAACCGAUCUAAUAACCAUAAUAAUAAUGCUGGAAAUAAGAGAAACGAUAGUAAACGCACAAAUAGUACUUCAAAUAAUAAGAGUGACAAUAAAUAUAAUAGUAGUACCAAGGAAGGAACAAAGAAUAUUGAGAAAAAGCCAAACACAAACACAAAUAAUAAAACUAAUGCAGAGAAUGAGAAAAAGCCAAACACAAACACAAAUAAUAAAACUAAUGCAGAGAAUGAAAAAAAGCCAAACACAAACACAAAUAAUAAAGCUAAUGCAGAGAAUGAAAAAAAACAAAUUUCAAAUGGAAUAAAAAAAAAAGAAACAAAUAUAAAUCCACAAAAAAGUAAUGAAAAAGUAACUAUCGAAAAAAAGACACACAUAGACAGUAGAGAAAAAUCAAAUAAUGAAAAAAAAAAUACUGAAGCAAACUCAAAAGAGAAAACAAAUACAGAUAAAAAAAAAAAUGAUAAUAAAAAAGAUGAUAAUAUAAUGAAAAAUGAUAAGGAAGAAAAAAAUGAAGAUAGUAGUAAAAGUAAAAAAACAGAAAAUGAUGUAACUAAUAAUAAUGAUACUAAAAAAGCAAGUGAUUAUCAAACUAGCUAUAAAAAGGAUGAUAACUAUUUAUUAUUUAAUAAAAAAAGAUGUUUUAUAGAUUCAUAUGAAGAAACUGAUGAAUCAGAAGAUACUUAUGAUACAGAUGAUUUGUGCGAUUCGAAAGAUCCAGAAAUUGAUGAAGAAACAACAACUGAUGAUAGAAUAAUGAAAGAAAAGGUAGCUAAAGAAAAAGUAGGGAAAGAAAAAAAUGGCAAAAUUUUUGAACAAGAUAACAUAUUUAACAAAAGAGAAAAAAUGUAUAAUAAAAAAAUAAUAAAAAAGAGAAAAAUAAAACGUGAUAGAUAUUUUGGAAGUGAUACUUCAACAGAUGAUUAUAUUGCUUAUAACAGUUGGGAUAGUAGAAAUGGAUAUAAUAAUGUAAGUAAUAAAAAAAAUAAAAGAAAUAUAUUUUCAAAAAAUGUUUACACAAAAAUGUUAGAUAAUCAUUAUGAUAAAUAUAGAAAGCAAAAAUAUUUAUAUGAUAAAUAUAUGAGAAAUCCUAAUUAUAAAGAAAGGAUGUCAAAUAUAAUUAAUAUGAGCAAUAUUCCAUUAUGGAGUAGAAUACCGAAUUUUUCAAACCCAGAUGAAUUUGCAAACAUAUCAAAUUUUCUCUACAUGCUUAACAUGCAUAAUAUUAAUAAUAGAUGUAAAUGCAAUAAUAUAAUAAAUGAUUAUGUAUGUCUAAAUUCGGGAAACCAUUUUAAUGACAAUUAUAUUUUUAAUGAAGAUAAAAUAGGAUUAAAAAAAAGAAAGCUUUAUGAAAAUAAUUCACAUGAAUAUAAUAUGAACAAUUUUAAACAGAUGAGAAAAUCAGAUAGCCAUUUACAAUUUAACUCUUUUAUAUAUAAUAAUAAAAAUGUACCAAAAUUUUAUAACAAUAAUAAUAAUGAGUAUAUAAACUAUAAUGAUGAGGAUUCUAUAGAUAUAAAAAGACAUAUGAAUAAUAUUGAAAAAAAUAAAAAUAUAUAUGGAAAAUCAAAUAGUGAUAUAGGGGAAAAUGAUAAUAAAAUAAAAAAUCGAUAUAUUCAAAGUAUUGAAAGUAAUAGUACCAUGGAUUAUGAAAUAGAUGCAAAAUAUAAAAAGAGUUGCAAAAGAAUUAAUAGCAAUGUUAGUGAUCAUAAUUGGAUUAACAAAGAAAAUUAUAAAAAUAGUAACAGAUCAAAUAUUGAAAUGAUGAAAAGAAAUAAAAAUGGUGAGCAGUUUAUAAAUAAUGACGAAGAAUAUAGUGAAUAUGAAGAAAGAAAAAAAAUCAAAGAACGGAAAAUAAUUGAUAAAAAUAGUGUAUAUCCUGAUCAAAGCUACAUAAAAAAUAAACAAUACUAUUUUAAUGGUGAUAAAGAAUAUGAAACUAACAAAAGGGAUGAAAAUUUAAAUCAUAUAUUAACACCUAUAUGUAAUAAAAUUCCCAUGAAAAAUGAAUUUUAUUCUGAGGAAGAAAAACAAGAGUUUGAUAAUAUUAAUAUUAUUCAAAAAAUAAAUGAAGAUUUUUGUUACUUAAAUAAUAAUGACAAAAUAAAUGUAAUUAAAAUAUUAUGUAGUUAUAGAGCAUAUUUGAAAAAAAUACUAAAUUAUGAAUAUAUGAAACAAGAUUUUUCCUUUGAAGUUGAGACAUGUAUAUUUUAUCUAGAUUAUAUUAAUUAUAAUAAUAAAAAUCGGAAUACCAGGAAAGAUGAGAUACCUGAUAAAAUGAAUAACCAGGAUGAUAGCAGCUAUAGUAGUACAAAUAGUAAUGAAGAUGAAAAUAAUAAUUUGAAUGUAAAUAGUAGAAGUAAAAAUAAUAAUUUAUAUUAUGACAUAGAUAGACUGAAAAGGAACUUAUAUCAAAAUAGGGCAUAUAAUAAUGAUAAAAGGAAUGAUAGUAAUUUCUUGAAAAAUAGAACUAACAAAAAAGGAGACGACCUAUUAUGUAAUCCUUUUAACUUUGUGGAAAAUGAUAAAAAGAAAAAAUUAAUAAAAAAAAUAGCAUCAUAUACUAAUAAAAUAAAAGCAUUACACCAAAUUAUCACAUCAUAUACUAAAAUAAAUUUAUUAAAUAUUGGAAAAAUAAAAAAUUAUAUACAAAUAGCUAAUUGGGUUAAAAAAUAUCCAUAUCAUUUUUAUUAUAAUGAACAGCUACCUGAUGCUGAAGAAGAAACUAAUGAACAAGUCUUACCAUGCUUGAGAGAGAUGGGGAAUGAAAUACAAAAUGGAGGACCAGAAAAAAGUAAAUAUACACACAACAAUGAGAAAAAACCGUUUGAUUUAUUCAAAUAG